UAUUGAACGCACGGGGAUGAGCUAACUCGGUUAACGCUAGCUAAACCUCUAUAGGACUAGUGUAGUUGUUUCCUCAAUGUUAGUAAAUGAAUAGCUUAUCGAUUAACUAGCUAGUGGCCUUGUAUAUAGCUUAAUACCAAUAAGGUAUGGUCAAAAAAGAAGGUCAGUUUUAGUGGUUGUUUUGUUCACGGCGUGGGUAAACAGAGUAGCUGCUGUUGUUGUUGUUGUGGCCUGCUGUACGAUAGCCUAGCUAGACAAGCUGUAGCCUCAGUUGUGUUCCUGGAGCUGUGCUCGCAUCACAUCCCCGAGACGACAAGAGGAAUGACACACCUUUCCUGUUAAUCGCAAAGUCUACCUGUCGCUGUGAAGGCAAUUUGUGGUUUUGGCCAGGGAUCAGCAGGUUGUUCCCCAGCUAUGAGAGCCUCUGCUCAGUAACUGACAUCUCACAGAACAUGGAGCUAUACUGGUACAUAGUUGUUAUCAUAUUCAUCAUCAUCAAGAUAUUCUUCUACGUGUGCUGGUACCGAUCGAGACAAAGGCAACUGGCAGCCUACCUGAGCAACCCACGCAAUGCUCAGAUAGUCAUUGUUGGAGGAAGAGCCUGCCUUCAUCAGAUGUGUGAGCGACAGAGUCAAACCUCUGUCUGGCCUAGUUGGUAUGGUGUUCAGGAUGACCUGUCCAUAGAAGAGCCCUCCACAGCAUUGCCACCAGCUGCAUCCUUCUCCCACUUGGACAUGCCACCGCCAUAUGAGGCCGUCUCUGGAGAGGACGAUCUGAAGCCCCCUCCCUACAGCGAGUGUGCUCAUGGCGAUGAGGCCGCCGCACCCCGUCCCUCCCAUCACACUCCUCUCAUAUCUGAGGGAGGAGACUCCUUCAGCGUAAACGAAGCCCCGCCGCCCUACACGCCGUCUCCCCCCGCGCAAGAUGGGCCUGUGAGCCACAGCGAGUCCCUGGCAGAGAGCGGAUCCGCCUAAUCAAUCCCUGAUGCCAGUUUGCCUUUUCCAUGCACUGCCUUCCCACAUUCGACCUCAGUGAUCGUUGCCAGCCUAACUCUCAUCACAUGAGAGCAAGUGUGUGCGUGUGCGUGUGUGUGUGCGUGCGUGCGUGCGUGUGUGUGUGUGGUUUUUGAACUAAGUUUUUUUUCUACUAUUGUAUUGUUUAAAAAAAAAUGUGGUCAUCUGAUGAGUUUGGCAAUAACAGAUGACAUCAGCACGCCUGUGUGCCUCAGUCAGAACCUGCCUCCCAGCGAUGAUGAGGAUGAGGAUGAGGAUGAUACCCCCGACCUCUAAGCUCAGAGGGAACCAGUGACAUCCAGAUCAGCAGAGAGAAAGAUACUUUCGAGGGUGAAAGUUUCCUCCUGUGUGUUCGAGGCCACUUCCUUUCACAGACUUCACGCGCGAUUGGGGAAAUGAGUAGAUGCUCGACAGCUUGUAGUUCCUGCUGCUGUGACACUGAACACUUCAUCCGUGUGUGUCUAUCUAUAGACAUUGCUCAGAACACAGUUACUCAGUAACAGGCUGUCUGUGCUGUGACGUUUCCAUCGCGGACUAAUUCGAUUUUCUGGCAAUUUGCUGCAUUCGUGUGCAGAACGAAUAAAUUGUUUCAAGUUCUUCGAGCUGUUAUUACUCUCAGUGCUUCAUUAAUGCUGCACAUGUGUUAUUUGAAGACAAAGUAUGUCAUCGGAGAACUAUUGGAUAAUGAAUGCACUAAUUGUUUUAAGUAAUGGCUUCAUUAGCAUAAGCGAUUCCGUUUAAUACAUCAUGGUGAUUAUACUGGCACAUUAGGCGAUUCAAAUGCCUGUUAGAUCUGUGAACGGAAGUGAGCGCGGACAAGUCGGCGAAAAGAACGAACGCUGCUGAUUAUCACCUCUGCUGCUGGGUUCUGUCUGUUGCUGCUGUACAUUAGCACCUGUAUGGCAGAAAGCAAGGCUCCGUGCAAACAGUAUAGAAAUGAGUCUCGUCACUUCAGUGUCCAAAAAAGUUGUGGAAUUCGACAAAACGUCCUCAGAAGUCUAAAGAAAAAAAACACGUCCUGUAGUUGUAGGUUCAGCUGUAAUGAUGAUUUGAGAAAAAAUAUAAAGCGAAAAAUGUGCAACAAUCUUGAAUAAAACUACACAACUGUGAGCUCGGGCUCAAAACACGAUGAAGCUGAGCUGGAGGCUGCAUUUUAUGCGCUUGCGGAGAACCCAUCAACAAAACUCAGUUAUUAUUACUUUUUUUUCAUAAUAAUUUUUGAAAAAUGAAGACUAACCAAAAGCUUUUUUAACAACAGCUUCUGUUUCUUGUAAUCUUCUUGUUAAUCUACCACAGGCUGGUAGAGCUCCACAAACUGUGCGUUUGCCCUGUUUGUAUUUUCUGGUGUAGUAUUGCUUUGGGGAAAGGUUAUUACUUCGCUUUUUGCUUUUUCUGUCCAUGCAUUUCAGAUAAUCCAUAAAUAACACUGUAAGCAGACGCUCCCUACUGAUCCGUGCCUGAAGUUUGUUUCAGCAACAAUAGAGUCUGUUUAGUGUCUGAAUAUUACAGGAAAUGAGAGAAAUCAAAACAAAAUGAGCGCAGUAUGAAUGUAUUUUGGGACUUUGGGAAAAGACAAAAAAUGUGGGGUAUAUUCAUGGAGGAUCAGAACUUCAAAUGUUAAAAUGUAAUGUGUUUCAAUGAUAAUCCUUCGUAUUGUGAUGACAAAUCGUGGAGCAUCUGCGGUGAUGCCUUUUUGAAAAAAAAAAAAAACCUUACCUGUGGUUUCACACUCUGAA